UCUCAGCGGCGCGCCCCAGUCCCCUUCUCCCCUACGCGACCCUAGUCACGGCACUCGCCCUCGCCGGCGCGGCGGCCUUCCUUGCCCUCCGGACCCCCGCCCCCUCUCCGCCCUCCUCCCACUCCGCAGCUCCCCAUCCAGACCCCUAACUCACGCGUGCCCUAGUUGGCUAGUAGCCAGUCGCGUCGGGCGGGGGCCCGACCCAGCUGACGGUGGCGGCGGCGCACCAUUGCCGGCCUCUACCUCUGCGCGCCCGCGGCACGAAGGUACCGGGCACAGGCCGCAGGCAAGCAUCUUAUAGCUAACACCGACAGCAACUUUUUUGAACUCCGGAAGGCGCAAACCCACACUUCUCCCAUGGAUGACGGCGGCGGCGCCUCCCCGGAUCACUACGGCGGAGGUGGGGGAGGAGGAAGCAUCCGCCUGGUCUGCGACAACUGCGGCGCUGCGGAGGAGUACAACCCCGACGACGCCGAGGACGGCUUCUUCUCGUGCCGCCAGUGCUCCGCUGUCCACACAUCCACCCAGGCGACUGCCGCGGACCCCGACGAUUUCCAAGUCACCGGCAACAUGUCCUUCCACCGAGUUAGCCAAGCCAACAAAACCCCCAAAUUCCGCACCCCCGCACCCUACCCAACCCCUUACCCCACUCGGCAGCCCCCUGCUGCGACUGAGACUGACUUCGAGGAGCCGCGCGACUUUGUGACUGGCGCCGAGGCUUGGGGCGAGCCAGAGGAGCUGGGUGCUCGGGUCCGGUGGCGCUACGUGCAGGGGCUGCAGGUGAUCCUGCAACAGCAGCUGGAAGUGCUGGUCAAGAGGUACCGGGUGGGCGCGCUUGUCUGCGGCCUGGCUGGAACUAUCUGGGUGCGGUGGGUGGCUACCUCCAAGGUGUUCGACGAAAUUUGGGCGCGGAAGGUGCUCGCGGAGGACGAGGCUGCGCAGAGACUGAAGCGCUCUGCCAGUGGAGGCGAACAGAAACCUCAAGAGGUGAAAUGUGAAUGGGUGGAUGAAGCCUUGCCACGCGAAGACAGGCGAAGGGUUGAGUUCAUCUUUCUGCGCUCAUUGAGAACGAUGCUGCCAGUGUACUCAACAUUGUCUGUAUGUUUCCUGGCAUGUCAUAUUGCCCGGGAAGCCAUCCUACCGACUGACAUCUGUAGGUGGGCAAUGGAGGGUAAGCUUCCUUAUAUGGCAGCAUUUACCGAAGUGGACAGGCAUCUUGGGAGAUCUGUAAAACACUGCCCUUUGAGUGCAAGACAACUAUUCAGACCAGUCCGAGUGAUUGGAACAUGGCAACUGGAAGCUGCAGCUGGGUCCAUAGCACAACGCAUAGGAUUGCAGCUUCCUUCAGUUAAUUUCUAUGCUAUUGCUCAACGCUACUUGAAUGAGUUGUCUCUGCCGAUAGAAAGAAUCCUCCCUCAUGCUUGCCGCAUCUAUGAGUGGGCAUUGCCUGCAGAACUAUGGUUGUCUAGUAAUCCAUUAAGGGUCCCCACACGGGUCUGUGUAAUGGCUAUACUAAUAGUGGCUCUAAGAGUUCAGUAUAACAUCAAUGGUCAAGGGAUAUGGGAGGAGAUUUGUGAGACAGGAAGAAAUGCAGAUGGGUCUGAUCCUGAUGCAAAUUUACCACCAUCUAAGAGGCCUGAAGGCGGCACUAGUGAGGAAUUUGGCACAAAGGAAUUGCUAUGCACUCUUGCAAGUGCCUAUGAUAAAAUUGAUGUUGCGCAUGACUAUUCAAAGGACCUUCACUCUUAUCUCAAAUAUUGCAAAGAUAUUGUUUUCCCUGGGAUUUCAUGUUCAGUUGAAGAGGAUCACUUAAUAGAGAUCUUUCAGGAUAUGUACAAAGGACGAGAGGAUGGGAAUCCAAAAGCUCGCAUGGAGGAAACGCGAACCACGAAUGGAGUGAUGAAUAAACGAUGCCGGGAUGGAACUUCUGUUGGUGCAAGGAGCUUUUCUGCAUCAUCAUCAGGGGUGCAAAGGAUUAAGUCGGAAAUGGAGGAUCAUGGGUUUUGUUAUCUGCCGCCAAGGAAGUGGCUUAGGUCAAAUGGCUACCUUCACUAUAGAAGGAAGACAAUAACCGGUAGUCUUGUUUGCAUCGGACAUGCUGAUUAUUACGUGUUGAUACGCUCAUUUGCAAAGCUUGCAGAAGUUGAUGUUAGGGUUCUGCAUACCAGUGUGCUAAAACUUGAGAGGAGACUUGCCUGGAUAGAAGAGCGAAUAGGCAGAAGCUUGGAUGCCUUGCAGAAUCCACCUAUUAGCUAAGUGUUUUUUUUUUUUUUGCUAUCUACCUAGUUAAGCUAAUGAUGCGUGAAAGACGUGUUUCUUUUCGAGCAAAGGAAAGGACAUGUUUUCAUGCUGAAGGUUUUAUGGAUUGUUGUACCAUGCCAAUGCCAAUGUGGCGAGUCAGUAUAAGAAGCUUUACUCUUUCCUUU